CGACGGGCGUGCGAGGCGAGGGCGGAGAUCAAGGAGAUCUUCAUGCCGGCGCUGUCGUCGACGAUGACGGAGGGGAAGAUCGUGAGCUGGUUGAUGGGCGAGGGGGACGCGAUCGGGAAGGGGGACGCGGUCGUGGUCGUGGAGAGCGACAAGGCGGACAUGGACGUGGAGUCGUUCGUGGAUGGAAUCAUCGCGCACAUCGCGGUCGGGGACGGGGAGGUGGCGACCGUGGGAGCGCCGAUCGCGUACGUCGUCGAUAGCGAGAGCGAGAUCGAGGAGGCGAAGGCGAAGGCGGGCGGCGCGCCGGCGCCGGCGCCGGCCGCGCCGGCGGCCGCGGCGCCCGCGCCGGCGCCGGCGCCGGCGGCGCCCGCGCCGGCGGCGGCGGCGGCGGCGCCUGCACCGGCGGCGCCGGCGGCGCCGGCCGCGCCGGUGGCUUCCGGUCGCGUCGUCGCGACGCCGUACGCGAAGAAGCUCGCGAAGAAGCACAAGGUUGACCUCAAGACGCUCGCCGGUACGGGCUUGAAUGGCCGCAUCACCGCGGUGGACAUCGAGAACGCCGCGGGCUUGCCGCCGACGCCGAAGGCUGGCGCCGCGCCUGCCCCGGCAGCGGCCGCGGCCGCCGCACCGAAGAAGGCGGCCGCCGUCGCGCCUCCGGCGCCCGCCGGCACCGUCGUGCCGCUCUCGGGCAUGCAAGCCGCCGUCGCGAAGAACAUGUUGCCGUCUCUCUCAGUUCCGGUCUCCCGCAUCGCGAUGAGCAUCUGCACCGACGAGUUCGACAAGUUGUACGCCACUCUCAAGCCGAAGGGUGUGACGAUGACCGCCUUGCUCACCAAGGCUGUCGGCGUCGCGCUCGCGCAGCACCCGAUCAUGUACUCCACCUACCACGACGGUAAGGGCAUCGUGUACAACGACAAGGUGAACAUCGCCGUCGCCGUUGCGCUCGAUGAUGGUUUGAUCACGCCAGUCUUGAACGACACCGCCAACACCGAUGUCUACCAACUCGGCCGCGAAUGGAGCGGGCUCGUGAAGAAGGCGCGCAGCACUGGCUUGUCCCCGGCUGACUACGCCGGCGGUAACUUCACCAUCUCCAACCUCGGCAUGUUCGGCGUCGACCAAUUCGACGCCAUUCUCCCACCGAACCAAACCGCGAUCCUGGCCGUCGGCUCUUCCAAGAAGACCGUCGUCCCGGUUGGUGGCAUGAUUGGCGUCAAGAGCUUCAUGACGGUCAACAUCGUCGCCGACCACCGUCACGUCAACGGUAACGUCGCGGCUGACUUCGGCAAGACUUUGCGCGAAGUGAUCGAAAACCCUAGCAACCUGACGCUUUAA